UACAAGAAAGACGAAAGCCCAACAAAUAACGUGCUCUCCAAACGUUCCAGAUCAUGUGGAGACAACGAAAGGUACAUGUGAUAUUCCGCAUAAUAUUCAUGAAAGAUCGAUCAGACAAAGUAAUAUGCAGCUCCACCUUCCUAAGGUGAAGACUGAAAGUGCGAAAAAAUCUUUCUACUAUAAUGAUUGCAUAAUAUAUAAUUAUAUAUAUAUAUAUAUAUAUAUAUAUAUAUAUAUAUAUAUAUAUAUAUAUAUAUAUAUAUAUAUAUAUAUAUAUAUAUAUAUAUAUAUAUAUAUUUAUAUAUAUAUAUAUAUAUAUGUAUCAGUUUAAAUGUUUUUAUGAAAAUUAGCAGGGCCCCUAUUGAUACCAUGAAGCAUGUAGUUCGUGCUGACAGGGUUAUUCUGCUUCAAGAAAUAAAAUUUCUAUCCAUAUCUUAUCUAUUAAAUAAUUAAAUAAUUAACUGUUAUCUUGCGAACUCCAGUCGUAUAUAAUUUGACUUCAACUCGAACUCUCAAAUUCCCUACAUGGCCCCUUGGCCAUGGGAAACGUCCUCGCUUGAGUCAGUUUUUUCUAUAACCUCGUUAUUACGUCAUACUGUGUAAUAUUCUCUACAGAACAAUAACACUCUUUUAAUACUGUACCUAGGCAUAAGACCAAUAGACUCGCCAAUAGUUUUAUUAUAGCCGGUAGUAGGCCUAAAAACUUUAACGCCAGUAUCUCUUAACCUAAGUGUACUUUUUAGUAGUAUAUAAUUAUAUGGUUCCUUUGUAGGGUUUGUAAAUAGUUUAGCAUGCGUAUACGUAUAGAUUCAGAUUUGUAAACAUUAAACCAAUGUAAUUCAAUCUUUAACUGCAAAAUUGGUAAUAAAGCUAUUCCUAAUUUCAAUAUGUAUAACUUAACAGACAACAACAUUGAAAUGCUAUAAAUGUCAUAUAUAUUAAAUAGUAAUUCAUUAUUAUACUCUGUGAAUCUAAUUUCGUGUGCAGGACGUGUCGAAGACUAUUCGGAUGGUUUCGCCCUAAACCUAAACCUAAACCUAAACCUGUUGAUUAUUACGAAGACUGUUGUCAAGGAUGGACAGAUAAAGGCGCACUGGGAUGCCUAAAAAGUACGUGUUUCUAAUCUUGUUUUUGUGCCCGUGCGAGCAAAUUCAAAGGAGGGUCUCUCAGGAGAGGGUUCCCUGUUCCCAUGUUUAUUUAAAAGUUUUUCGUCGUUUCCUUGUUCUCAAAAAAUGAUUUCACCCUUUUCCCUUCUUCCCUAAAACACUUGGGAGACCCUCUUAGAUGGCUGAACAUGCAAGUGACAAUUAUCGUCUUGGCUUUUAUCUCAAUUAAUUCCAGGAAAAUAUAAUGCACUAAUUCCUUAUAAGGUUUGCGGCAAUGACAGUUUCAUGCCUCGGUUUUUACGAAUUAGGGUCAGCGGUUAGGGUCAGAUUUCUGGUCAAGAUGAUGGGCCAUGUUUAGCAUUAUAAACAUAUAGAUAUCGAGUGAUGAAUCUAUGACCGUUCCCGUUCCCAGUGCAUGUGAAGAAAACUGCGGAAGUUCGGAGUGCAGGUAGAUUUUAUUCUGCUUAUAACUUGGUAUUGUAAACUAAAUAGUUGAAAUUACAAUAUUAUAUCACCGUGGGCGUGGUGAUUAACAACUUGUACACCGAUUAUCAUGAAUUUGUUGGGUUUGGGAGAAUCACUAUCUCUCAAUCUGUUUUACCGAAACCGUGGUAUUGAUCGAAACCAAAUUACCUGCAAAAUGCCACAACAUAAGUCAUUCGCGGCAAAACUUAAUUGGCUGUGUCAAAAAUAGGUUAUUAUCAGGAAGACUUUUAAAAUUAAAUUUUGACAACAAACACGAAAAAUGCAGUAUUCUAGAAAUGUACUAAUAAAAAGUUAGCAUUUUUGACCGUGGAACUUCGACUUUCGACCCUCGACCUCGGCUUUUAACUGAACCUGACAUGUAUAUAGUACAGCAAAAUAUUUCCUCCAUUAAAUUGUUUUUCUUUUUCGCAUUCACUCGAUUAUAUUUAUCUAUAAAUCCAACAUCACCAAAUUUUUGCCGUCAUUACUAAUAACCACGGACCUCCUGCUUAAUCGUAUAUGUUUCCAUGUGACCAUAAUUAUGCUAGGAGAAACUUUCGUUCUUGAGCAAGCGAGUCCCGCCACAAUACUGAAGGCAUCAUGCAUGCGUGCAAGCGUUUACUCAGUGGCGAAAAUCUUGGUGGGGCGGGGGUGGGAGGGUGCUCGGUCGCCCACCAAACCUUCGUGGAAAAUGACGAAUUUUCGGAAAUUUUGACCUUUAAAAGGGCUAAAACAGCCUUUGGGGGGGGGGGGGGGGGUUGUUGUCGGAAAUUCGAAAGUUUUGUCGGAAAUUUAGAAGGCUUCGCCCUUGACUGCACACUAAAGUGUUCUUUAUGAAACUGAAGUGCCUUUUGGCUUUAUCGAUAAUAAAACUUUGAGUUUGAAAUAAAAUGAUUUCAAAUUCUCGCAUGCAAAUAACCUUGCUUUCUUUCCUAUUUAAAAAAAUUAAUAUAAUAAAAAGGGUAUAGUAUACAGUGAAAUUAUAUGCUGCCCUGUUUCGUUUAUACGCAACGUUUAUAGUAUUAUACGUUCGGCUUUUAAAGCAAUUAUAAAGCAAACAAUUACAUUAAUAUUUAAAACAAACUUACCUCCGUUAACAACGGCGCCUUUGCCCCCUUCUUUUAGCCGAUGCUUUCGCCGGUUAGAACGACCCGACGCUGCGUAAAGAGUUAAAAGAGAAAGAUUUAUUUAAUUAAUAUAACAAUACACUAAGCUUUUUUUAUUUUUAUCCUUCAAGGAACUUGCAUUGCGUUGCCACAGAAAGUACCGCAAAUGUUAGGGAAACGCCGGGUGUGUCCAAUUAAACGUUUUUUUAACCUGGUCGAACAAAAUACUUUUUAUAAGCUAACCACGCCCGUUAGUAAACCGUUAAUAUAUCCCAGCGAGACAACGAACCUCUUCGAAGCUGUACCUUUUCCAUUGUUGAAUCAACCAUCUCACAAUGUGAUCAUACGCAGCGUUCUUUCCCCUAUCCUCGAUGAGCAAGGAUGGGUGACUCGAUACCUUGGUAUGAGCCUACGAAACGAGCAACUCUUGGCAAAAACAAAAAAACCUGAAAAUCUUAAACCAUUUACAAAGUAUUCAGACUACGGGCAGUUGUUAAAAAGUUACCGCAAGGAGCAAUCGAAACCUAUAGUUUCCAUUAAAAUCCCUGGAUUGGUAAGCAUCAUGCAGUUUUUAGUAAUCUAAUAUCACUAGUCUUUUUGUGUGUUAUAUGCAAAUCAGUCUUAAUGAUUGCAGAGUUUUAUAAAGUUUUGUUGACACUCUUUUACAUCAGCCACUUCCCACCGGGCACACGACGUUGUUUCAACGUUCAAAUUUGGUAGAAAAAAGGUUGCGACGUCGACAACCUAAUAUCUACGUUGCUCUGACGUUGUUUUACAAACAUUGGUUCAACAGCAGCCAACAGACGUUGAAUCAACGUUCAUUCAUGGUUGAAUGUACGACGUCGAUUUGUGAAGUAAUCUCAACGUUGUUUCAACGUUGAAUUAUGGUUGACGAGAUUGGCAACCUAAUUUCAACGUUGUUUCAACGUCGAAACAGUAGCGUCGAUAAAUUUGCAUUUUCAAUCUUUUUUUCAACGUCUAUGCAACGUCUGGAAGGUCAUUUCCGACGUUGAUUCAACGUUGAAUAAACGUCAUUUUGCCCGCUGGGUUGUCGUGCCAGCGACAACUAACGACCAAAUGGAAACUAGGCUUAAGACGAAGAUUGACGAGUCGAGUUUAUUUUAGAUAAUUUAACAUUCAAUUUUAAUUCCCUCUUGGGAAUUGUUUAUGUUUCGUUUUCCAUGCAAUUCCCAACGGUGGAAGAAUGUGAUUUCGACCGGCAAUUUCUAUUUGACGAGUAUGUGGCCAUUUCUCAUCGUUACGAUUUAAAAAGAGUAUCAUUGAAAAGCUAAUUAACUGCUCUUUCGUCUUUUGUAAAAAUUUAAUUGUUUAGCCACGUUUAUGAUGCCAUAGCAUUUUUUUGAGACACCCUGUAGAUUAAUCCCUAAUUGUACAAGCAACAUCCUAUGAUUACUUGUUUAUUAUUUAAUAGCAUGCAUGCAUGACAAAAUUGGAUUAAUGAUCAAUGUCAACAUAUUCAAUCGCCAAAACCUAGUCCUGCGAGACUUUCAACCAAAAUUUGGUGCUUUCGUUCGUAUUUUCAUUUAUUUCUUUUGCUUUAAGUUCCUCUGGUGUUUAAAUAUAUACCUUUCCGCCAUUUUGUUUGUUUUAGAAAAAUCUUUAAUUGUACUGCAGUGAGUGCAGAGUGACUCAUCGUGCAUUAAAAAUCGCCGUAUUUUCGUGUUCCUGCAAUUUAGUCUCAUUUUAUCUUUUUUCAUAUUUCUUCAUUUCUUGUAAAUAGUUACUUUUAUGUUUCACGCCCUCGUAGAAACAAGCCUCCCAACGGUUGUUGAGGCUAGCGUGCUUAAAUGAAGUUUGUGUAUAUGUAAUGAUACGUCAUUGUUGCCAUAGCAACAGCAGUUACAGUACAUAACUUACGAAUUCAAACUCGGCAAGUAGGAAAAUUUUUAUCUGAUUUUCACUACAAGUAAUUUCCAAAAAUGCGGAUCUAAAUCGUAAUUUAUUUUUUUCAAAUUCUACUCAGCCACCUUAAUUGAGAAACGAACUUGGCAACUCCGAUCCCAAACUCCAAGACUCGCAACUCGCAGAUUCUCAACUCGAAAACUCGCAACUCGAAUACUAGAUAAACUCGUUUACAAAUAGUUAUUAUGGACGUCAAUUCCGCCCUGUUUCAAAAUUAAUUUUCAAAGUUAGUUCCUCAAACAUUUUUAAAAAUAAAUCUGAACAUGUGGUUUGUUUGCUCGUUCGUCCGUUCGUUCGUUCGUUCGUUCGUUCGUUCGUUCGUUCGUUCGUUCGUUCGUUCGUUCGUUUGCGAUAGUUGAUAAAUUAGUAAAAUCAUUCGCAGUAUUUUUUUCUUCGAAUUUAUUCAACAAUUUAUUUUGCAGAAACAAACCUUUAACCUUUUACCCAUGGCAAAAUACAUGAAGUACCCCUCACAAGAAUUGCCGUUUAGAGAUAUCACUGAGAACGAAGCCUGGCAAAGUGACGAUGUGUUUACGCAGCAACGCCUGGCAGGUUUAAAUCCAAUGGCUUUGAGAAAAAUGACGAUAGAAGGUGAGAAAUAUAAAGGCAUAUUUGGAAUAAUGGGAUAAAAUUGAAUGGAAAGAAUCCUUACAAUAUAAUGGAUAGAAUAUAAUAGAAUGAAAAAUUAUUUUUAUCAAUAAAUAUUUCAAACCAAUUUCAGACAAAUGUAUUAUAUAAGUGAGAAAAAUCAGUGUUAUUACUGACGAAGGUUCAAUUACUAUAAGAGAAAAUUACUUAUGUCUAUGUCGAGUAUCAUUAAUUCAUACGUGAUCACGAUUUAUGCAUUUCUGUUGUUAUAAUAAUAGUACUACUGAAUUACUGAACUUUUAUUAUGAAUGGACAUUUGCAUGAUGGCUUUGACACGUUGUUAAUAACAUUUAUAUCACUUGAUGUUUGUCCCAAAAUUGAAAAAAAUAACAAUUGUUAAAUAACUAUGCAUACUAAAGGAUGAUUUGGAAAACGUGUUGAUAUUUCAGAUUUUAAUCAAGAUUACGUGAACAAAAACUACGAUUGGGACGCGGCAAUGCAACGAGCAUUGGGGAAAACGUCUACAUUUUCUGAGGUAAACGAGGAAAAAAUAUAUAACGACAAAUGCACUAACUACAGUGAUAUAUCAUCAACGAUCCACACUCCAAUCAUGCAAAUAGCUGAUCCAUGCUAAACGCUUUUAAUUAAGAUCUAUAGAUCUUCUGUUAAAAAUUUAAAGCAACUCGAUCUCAUUAAAAUAUAGUGCCCGAAGCAAUUCCUUUCGCCAUUCCUUUAUCAAUUACAUUGAACGGUAUUUACCGAGAUACAUCAAAACGUUGUAUCCAGCGAGCGCGAUGGCCGAUCACAAUCACAAAUUCAUACAUCCUUCCUUGGGAAAAAUAUUGACCGCUGUACAUCGGCAAUUCUACGCAAUGCUAUCCUGGGCAUAUCCGAGAAAUUCGGAGGCCCGGGGCAAAUUUUUAUUUCGGGGCCCUUAUUUUUCCCAAAAAUGUUGGCGAGCUGACGGGGGGGGGGGGGGGGGGGUGGGGGGAGGUGGUGUGUUUAAAAAAUAUUUUCCGGACAUUUAAAAAAGAGUCAAAAAAUUAUUCUGGACAAAUUCAUAUUAAAACAUGGGUAAAAUCAUUUUUUUCAGACCAAUAUCUGUAAAAUUUAGGUCUAGAAAUUUUUUCUCGCACCAUUAUUUAUAUCAAAAAAAAUUUCCAAAUAUAAUUAUUUGUUUUCUAAUUUUGCAAAUUUUGGGCCCCUUAAACUGGGGUCCGGGGCAAAUUUCCCCCUCCCCCCCUCUGAAAGGCCAUGAUGCUAUCCAUCUCUGACUUGAACAAUUGCCAUUUUAUAAACAUUAUACUAUUAUAUUAUAGUAACCAAAACUUUUUUGGCAUAAACGUUGACCAACACAUUGAUCAUGAAUUGUAUUGUACAGUUGAGUCGCCAUUGCGGAAGUAAUCUUUAUGCUUCCAUUUCAAGUAACGAUGAACCGUUUUUUCUUUCAUGUGCUCAGAUGAUCGAUUCAGGGAAAGUAUUCAUACUAGAAUACAAAUUGCUUUAUGGUAUUGUUAACGUUGAAGAUUACACCGAACGAAAUGCUACAGACAGGCGAGAAAUGAGAGGAUCCCGAAGUCCGUUCUGUACGUUUGUUGUAGCAAACGUAGGAGGUGUUAAGAAAUUGAAACCAGUCGCGAUUCAGACGGACUUAUCUUCAGGUAAAAAUGCUGUGCUGAGUGGUUAUAUUACUACCUUAAAAAACAAGCAGAAACUCGACGUUUCGAGUGAAGGCCCUUCCUCAAGAGUUAGUAGCAGGGAUCGGGGAAAUAGCACGGGCUUUUAUACAAAGGGUAUGAAAGCAUCACGUGCAUGACAAAAAAUAAACCGAUUAGAUGAUUUAAUCAUAACAAAGUAUAAUAUAAUAAAAUAUAAAAAUAUACAGGAAGCUAAGACAAUUGCUACAAAAAAUAAUCAAAACAAAACAAAACAAAACAAAACAAAACAAAACAAAACAAAACAAAACAAAACACAAGUGGGAAUAAGGUAAGAAAUAAAAACGCUUUUGCAUCAACAUUUUACUCGGUAUAAAACUAAAACUACAUAGUCAUAGUAGAAAGCGUGGAUGUCGGAAAUUUUCAAAUAUUUAGUUCCAAAAAGCUGAAGCCUUAUUUAUCAGUUUAUUGCCGAGCUGUUUUCCAAGACCUGCAAGGAUAUAGUAGUCAGCUCGCUCGAACUAAUAUGCCAACAUCAGGCAGAAAUUGAAGACAAUAGCCGGUGUGUCAGACGCAGUUGAAGCGAAUAGCUGUCUCGAACAAACUAUUAACAUGACACGAGGACCGAGGAAGAAGAAAUCCUAUUCAGAGCGCCGACUGUUGUCUCUUUAGACUCCUGGAAAAAGCCAUCGAGCUAUGGUUCCCCGAAUAAGGCAUAGUUUACGCUUAGAAUUCCAUCAUGUGGAUAUUUCGACAAAAACAUACCGAUUUUUCUCCGUAUUUAUUCAAAUUUAUAUAAAACUGCAAAUAACGAAAUUUGCGUAUUUACAUACCUGUAGCGGACAACCGGAAAUAUGCUACAACCGGAAAUAAUUUUAAUUGGCUGAUAUUCUGGGGGUGGAAAGCCCGUAGAGGCGAAUUGUGUCAGGCUCUCUUCAAUACCGAGAGCCUGAUACUCAGGUUAAGUUUGGAUAUGAGGCGCAUUUCAUGUCGUUUGCGGCUAUCGUUGCUCCCAGAAAUGGGACAGAGGGCUUGAAUUACCAUAUCCGAAACACCGUGAUUGGCGUUAUCAAAACGUCUGGCAACAGGUUGGUUAGCAUCGUUGCCAAUAACUGCACGCCGAUGCUCACCAAACCAUGUCCUUAAACAUCUUCCAGUUUCCCCCAAUGUAAAGCAUGCCACAUCUGCUGCAAGAGAUGCAGUAGAUGAGAUGGGAGGAGGCCGACGUGAAAUGGUGCUUGAUGUGUUAUUCAGAUUUAGGUGCCGAAACAACGAUAGUUUAUGUUCAGGUAAACUUUCGUUUAUUCAUUCUCAGUACAGACACUGUUACAGUAUUUAAAACAUCCUGGUUAAUAUAAAAUUAAUGCAGUUUGGGGUAACUUAAUAAUGGCCUGGUUAACUUCCAUGGUUAAUUUAACCACAGUCCUGGUCAAUUUAAUCACUAUCGUGGCUAAUUUAACCAGGAUUCCUGCAUAGUUAAUUUAACCUGGCUAUAUACAUGGUUCAUUUACCAGGAAUUAUUGGUUAAUAGUCCACCUAACAUAAUCUGGUUAAUUUCACCCAUAUAGACUGGUUAAAUUAACCAGGAAUCCUGGACUAUGAACAUAUUAACCAAGAUUGCGGUUAAAUUGACCACUAGGAAAUUUAAACAGGAACAUUAAGUUACCCCAAACAAUGUUCAUUCAAGAUUAACCUCGACAUUUUUUUACAACGGUAUUUUUAAAGGACUUAAAAACAAGACUUCAAACACUCAUUAGUAAUUCAUAAGCUUAUUGGCAAAUCAUGUUAACUAUAAUAUGUCACGUGCAGUGGCUUUAAACCUGAUAAAACACUCCUAAUUAGUAUUCUUUAUAUAAAGAAUACUAAUAAGGCAGUAUCUAUUGUAGUCGUGUCCUCAUUAGUAUUUUUUAUAUAAAGAAUACUAAUAAGGCAGUAAAUCUAUUGAAUUUGUAGUCGUGUUUUAUUAGGUCUAAAGCCACUCGCGCUGCGCGCUCGUGGCUUUAAACCUAAUAAAACACUCCUGCUCGUUUGUUAAACAGUACGUUAACUCAGUUAAUUGACAUUGAUAAUAAUUCCUAUGAUAAUAUUGGAUACAUGACGAAGUAUCUUGAUCCAGUCCGAUAGGAGUGGAUCAAAAUUGAUUUUGUCCUAGGACUGCAUGAAAAUAAAUUCACCUCACUUAUAAGUAGUGAUUUAUUCGUAUGAGAUAUUAAAUUUCGCCUCGAUGUCAUAUAGUCGGAUUUCGAUGUCAUAUAGUCGGAUUUGAUGUAUACAUAUGGUUUUUCUUAUUUUCCCAUUACGUUUCCGCAGAUGCGCCAGUAGUUUCUCCUAUUGACGGCUCGAAAUGGUUGAUGGCGAAGGAAGAAAUUCAACGAGCGGAUAUAACGUAUGCCGAAGUUAUCGAACACCUGUUGAAAACACAUUUUCUCAUGGAACCAAUCUGUGUCAUCAUGCGACGCACUUUAUCGUUCUUUCAUCCUCUUCAUCAGACAUUCAAAUGGCAUUGUAGAGGUCUGUUUGUCGCAAACAGUCUUGGAGUACAGGCUCUCCUAAAACCUGGGCAAAUUUUACAUAAGUUGUUUGCGAUUGGCCAUGUCGGUGGAGUGGAACUUCUCAAGAAAGCUUACCCCAGUUUGUCGUGGGCGGAUACAGAGUUUGAUAAGAACCUUGAGGUAAUAUAUGCAAACAGGUUUCUCAAACAAAAAGACAACGCUUCCUCGGGAAAAUUAAAAAAAGUUUAGGCUCGGAAAUGUCAUUUCAAACUCCUCUUGGUACCGAAUUGAAGAACUUGGAAGGUUGUGUUCUGCGGACAAAAAAUUGCUUUAUAAUCUGUUUUCGUGGUUCGGAUGACUUCAUGGGAUUUGCAAUCACCACUGAGCAAAUGAAACAUAAUUGAACUACUUGGCGAUAGUAAAGACAUCAGGCUUUUCGAACAAGACCUAUUUCGAAUCAUUAAGCUAUCUUAGCUGUAAUAUAAUACGGGUUCUGAAGCUAUACACAGUUGUUUUCUACCUCCUCUGCGCUUUCCGAAUGCCUCGCAACAUCCCACGUGCAUAAUCACACACACUUUGACACGUACGUACAUGUAUAACGAUAAGAUUAAGACAUUUGGAUUGUGAAUUUGUACUGUUUGACGCGAUAGAAAUUUAUUCCACACAUAACGAACAUUUGAAUAUAUUUAGCCCGUUAAAGUACUGCAAAGGUAUUAACAUGUUGUGUUGAAACAUGGUUUUAUAGAAACGUGGCGUUGAUAGCGUGGACGAGUUACCAUAUUUCCCAUACAGAGAUGAUGGCUUGCUUAUCUGGAAAGAAGUUGGUGAUUUCGCUGGGGAUUAUGUGAGAUUGUAAGAAACAAUUUUUCCUUUCUAAGUGCCAUAAAAUGGGAACCGUACCGGGGUGUGCCUACUUUUGCUGGACUGGGAAAAAUUAUUUUGUUUCUGGGAUUGGACAUGACAGACACAAAAAUGGGAAUAGGAAAACGCAUAUAAGUCCAUGGAAAGCUAUGGAGCAACUUUUGAUUAGGCGCUAAUUCUCUAAAAAUGUCAUGGAAGGCUCAUGAAUUCUGCCCCUUUCCAGCUCGAGGUCAUCUUUCUGCUAUUGCGACUCAGUGAUUUACUUAGUCGGUCUAGUAUGUGACAGAAAAUAACAGGCACUUAAUAUACACUUUAAACAUUUUACUUCGUGAAGCUAUUUCUAAAGAGAACUGUUGAAAACAGAAUAUUUAACAAUUAUUCGCCGAAUUAGGCGAGGUGAUUAUCGGGGAAUAUUCGCCGAGACGAAAUCGAGGAAUAUUCCCCAAUAAUCACCGAGCCUGAGGCGAAUAAUUGUUUUAGCAUUUUUACACAAGCUUUAUGUUUAAUUUCGCUUAUUUCUUUGUCAGUAAACUUCCACAAAACGGUAGCCGCCAUUUUGAAAAUUUAAUUCUGUUUUGUUAUAUUCACCUGUAGGUGAAUAUAACAGCUCAUUUACGUCAAAUUUGACCAAUAAACGUGUAGGAUUUGUUAUGUUCACUUGUGCAAUGUGUUUUAUUGUGGUUCCCUUGAGGACCGUUAUCAUUGGUAAAUUUUUGCUUAAUUUAAAAGAUAAUUCCCAUAUAAUGUUUUCUUUGACUUUUCUAUUAAUACUGUUUAUAGCCAAUCUGAUAUUAUAGAGCUGAAAAUUUGAAUAAGUGCAAUCAUUACAACCACACGCUCAAAAGUAAAAAUGUUUUUCUUAUAUAAUCUUAUAGACAUUUUACUCACAAAUCUCAGGCCUGCAGUACUGUAGAGCGUUCGCCAAUUGAGUUGAAGUCACGCAAUAUAAACUUUAAGACACAUCUAUGUUAUUAGAUACUAUCAAAAAGAUGAGGACGUGAAACAAGAUACUGAGCUGCGAAAUUUUGCCAACCAAUUGUCAGCAGAUGGCACGGGAAAGGAUGGCGGAAUUGGACGGGUAAGAUAGUUCCAAAAUCAACAACCUGUAGCAGUGGCCAAACUUUCGCCUCCCAUAAAAUUGCUCCCAUCUAUACUACGAAAUUAAAUUGCCGCAAUUAGUUUGCAGUGCAAUAUUAUAUAUUGUAGUCAUUACGUGCCUUCUGCGGAUCGUCUAAUUGCUUAAGCCGGUUUUCCACUAGGCGGAAUUUUGCGCGCGGAGCGGAAUUUUUCUUUGUCUUGUGAUUUCUCGGAUGGAAGUAAAGGCCGUUUUCCACUAGGCGGAAUUUUCCGCGCGUAGCGGAAUUUCUCUUUGUCUUGUGAUGUCUCGGGUGGAACUAAUUAGAAAAGACAAAGAGAAAUUCCGCUCCGCGCGCAAAAUUCCGCCCAGUGGAAAACCGGCUUUACAGUUAGAAUAUGUCAAACACGCAACCUAUAUAGACAAGCGAGUUACAGUAUCUGUGGGUUGAGCCCAUGAUAUGUAAUUUUACAACAAGCGGUAUCUUCGUAUACUAAGACGAAAGAAGAAAAAACAACAUGGCUUCAUGGAUGGUGUAAUCCUAUCACCUCGUAAAUUUUUCGAUUGGGAAAGACUGAGUUAUCAAUUAUCGUGUUAUGCACGGCUGUUUUGUUGAUCGAUUAUCGUUAAGCUGGUGCAAAAUACAACAUUAAGAUCCUAUGUUAGAUACUUAAAAUAUUAGUUAUGGUAUGGCUAGCAGAGGUGGCCUUUUCAGAGAUUUCUCUAAAGGUCUAAGGACAUGAUGUGAAGGCAAUAAUUGUUUUACACAUUGUGAAUACAGUUCAUUCCGUACGGUGUCCAAAAUUUGGACAAGUUUGAGAUUUUGGAAAUGGUGUAUUUGGCUUGAGAAUGAAGAUAUCAUUUUAAUUUGUUGGGGAGAAUUUAGUAGGAAAAAAUUUAACCGCACUUUCACAGAAGCGCGUACAUAUUUUCAUUGAAACUGAAACAUUACUUUUUCCUAUUUAGUUUAAAGGCUUUCCAGUCAAAAUCGAAACAAGAUCUCAUCUUAUCGACGUUGUUAAGCGAAUUGUGUUCAUCCCUAUCCAACACCACGCUGUUAACUAUCCUGUCGCGUACUAUGGCGCGUUUGCUCCAAAUUUACCCACCAAACUUUACGAUGAUCCACGGGUUCCACCUCGAGAGUUUAGAUUCGACAGUUUGCCACAAGCUCAUGUUGCUGCGGUAAGAUUGAAACAACAACAACGAGAAUGCAUGCCAACGAGAAUGACAAGGACGACGACGACGACGACAACAACAACAACAACAACAACAAGAAGGACGACGACGACAACAACAAACAACAACACCAACAACACCAACAACACCAACAACAACCAACAACAACAACAACAACAACAACAACAACAACAACAACAACAACAACAACAACAACAACAACAACAACAACAACAACAACAACAACAACAACAACAACAACAAUUUUUUAGCACAUUAAUUAUUAUAGAUUAACGCCGUAUGGACUAACCGUAAAUAUGUCUAAAAUUAUACAGGAACAAGUUUCACUAGCCAUGUCCUUGGGGUCAUUGCGAUAUGACGUCGUCUUCGACUACGGCAAAUACUUAAAUGAUAACCGUGCCAAAGCCGUUGUGAACAAGUAUUACGGUCGACUUACAGGAGGCGUUAAUGACCAAAUUACUGCUAGAAAUCAGAAAAGGUUGGCAAAUGGAAAGUUGAGUUAUCCCUACUUUCUUCCAAAAUGGAUGCCGAAUAGCAUUCACACAUAG